CCUUGAGCACGUGCAUAAUCCCGCCACUAUCCUCUUUCUGAUGAUCGCUGGUUGGAUAUACUUCGGAACACAGUAACACUGUUGGUUAACCUAAUUUACCACAUUUUACUGCUGAGAUAUUUGGAUGAGAGUUAGAAAAUGGCAGUUGAGACAUCAGACAUGGAAGAUACUCAGCUCGGAGAAUUUUUCUGGGGUUGUGAAUUGAGUAAAGAAAAUCCAUCUGUAACAUUUUCUAUUAAAGAAGAGGAUGAGGACAGUGACUUCAUGCAUCAUACACUUUUCGUUAAACAUGCAGUAUUAGGAGGUCAGGCAGUAAAAGAUGAAAUUAACAUCGUAACAGUUGAAACACAGAACUUUGACAAAGAAACAAUAAAACAACCUUUUAUUUCUUUGACUAGAGGAGAAAGCAGCAUGUGUUAUAUGGAUAUAUCCUUCACAGAUAAAUCACCUGUUACAUUCUCUUUGUCUGAAGGAACUGGUCCUAUAUAUAUCUCAGCUGUACAGUUGGUUGAGUUCCCAGAAGAAGAUGCUGAUCAUACCAUGGAUGAAGAGGGUUUAACUGAAGAAGAGGAGGAAAGUCCAGUAAGACCUAAAUUAAAAACCAACAAACGAAAAGGUGGAGCAACUGUAGGAGCUUCUAAAGCCAAACAGAGAAGCAAAAUGGAAGCUGAUGAUGACGAAGAUGAGGAUGAAAGCGAAGAGGAUGAAGAGGAUGAGGACGAGGAAGAUGAUGAUGAAGAGAUGGAAGAUGAAGAGGAAGAACCAUCUCCAGAAAAGAAAAAAGGAGCAAAGAAAAAGAAUGCAAAGGCUGGUGGAAAAGGUGCAGCUAAAAAAGUUGAGAAACCAAAGAAAAAGGCAGCAGCUAAGAAGUCAAAGAAGUGAUUUGAGAUGUUUUAAACUGAGCUAGAACAAAAUUUUGAUUAUUGUUAAUUUGUUUUAAAUUUGAAUCAACAGCAAUUAAAGUGCUUCUUAAUCAUCUUCU